UAUAUUUUAGACACGAGCCUUUCUUUACUAAGCCAGAGACGCCGCAUUCGCAGUUAUGCUCUCUUCUUCUCAGUACACUCUUCAUCUUCAACUAAUGGCUGUUCUUUAACAACCGAAUGUUGAAAUAUUCUUUUCGAACCUCUUCUUCUAUGGCCUCUGUGGCUCUUCAUUCCUCUCGAAUUUCCAGCCCCUUUCCUCUCGCUGUUCCGUUCUUCACUCGCUCCUUUCGACUUCUUCCCAAGCGUCAAGACCUCACUCUCCGCCGCCGUAACUUUUGCCGGAGCAUCAGUUUCUUCACUGCUUACUCGCGUCAGCGCUUCUCGACCGUUGCUUCCAGCUCUACGGACUGGAAUUUUAAUGCUAAAACGGUUGACGAAAUAUAUGAUGUCAUAGUGGUAGGAGGUGGACAUGCAGGCUGUGAAGCUGCCCUUGCAUCUGCUCGUUUAGGAGCAAAAACACUUCUUCUCACACUAAACAUUGAUCGAAUUGCUUGGCAGCCUUGCAAUCCAGCAGUGGGUGGACCUGCAAAGUCACAACUGGUACAUGAAGCGGAUGCACUUGGUGGUGAAAUUGGAAAGGUUGCUGAUAGGUGUUACUUACAAAAGCGUGUCCUCAAUAUCUCGAGAGGCCCUGCUGUUAGGGCAUUGCGUGCACAAACUGAUAAGAGGGAAUAUGCUAUGCAAAUGAGAAGUAUUGUGGAAAGCACGUCAAACCUCUCCAUUAGAGAGGCAAUGGUGACGGAUAUUUUAUGUGGAAACAAUGACAAUGUGGAAGGUGUUUGCACAUUCUUCGGGAUGAACUUUUAUGCACCUUCAGUUAUUCUCACAACGGGCACCUUUAUGAGUGGGAAAAUUUGGGUUGGUAAAACUUCUAUGCCAGCAGGAAGAGCCGGUGAGUCAGCGUCACACGGUCUUACUGAAAACUUGCAGCAGCUUGGAUUUGAAAUUGACCGAUUAAAAACUGGCACUCCUGCGCGUGUGGACUGUCGCACCGUAGAUUUCUCUAGAUUGGAGCCCCAACAUGGAGAUAAAGAGGUUGGUUGGUUUAGCUUCGAUCCUGAUUACCAUGUUGAAAGAGAACAGAUGUGCUGCUACCUUACACGUACCACAAAGAGCACUCACCAGCUAAUUAAAGAGAACUUGCAUGAAACUCCCACUUAUGGCGGAUGGGUUGAAGCUAAAGGACCCAGAUACUGCCCUUCAAUUGAAGACAAGAUUGUAAGAUUUAAAGAUAAAGAAUCUCAUCAAAUUUUCCUUGAACCGGAGGGUCGGAAUGUGCCUGACCUCUAUGUACAGGGGUUCUCGACUGGUUUACCUGAGAGACUACAGUUACCACUUUUGAGAACUUUACCUGGACUUGAAAACUGUUCAAUGCUGAGGCCUGCUUAUGCUGUGGAGUAUGACUUUCUGCCUGCUCAUCAGUGCUUUAGGUCUCUUAUGACAAAGAAAAUUGAAGGACUUUUCUUCUCUGGUCAGAUAAAUGGAACAACAGGCUAUGAAGAAGCUGCUGCACAGGGAAUCAUAUCUGGAAUUAAUGCUGCCAGGCAUUCAGAGGGUAAACCUUUGAUUGUUCUCGAGAGGGAAAGCAGUUAUAUAGGGACUCUGAUUGAUGAUCUAGUUACCAAAGACCUCCGAGAGCCUUAUCGCAUGUUGACAAGCCGCUCAGAACAUCGUUUACUACUUCGAUCCGACAAUGCUGAUAGCCGUCUCACACCUCUGGGGCGUGAAAUUGGAUUGAUAGAUGAUAGACGCUGGAAAAUAUUCCAGGAUAAACAAGCUCGAAUUUCGGAGGAAAAAAAACGACUGAAAACUGUCAGAAUUUCAGGUGGAGAUUUGGCCGCUGAUGUUACUCUUUUGUCUGGUCAGCCAGUGAAGGACUCUUCAACGCUAGAGAGUAUUCUUAAGAAACCGCACAUCCAAUAUCACGUUCUUGAUAAACAUGGCUUUGGAAAUGAACUCCUGUCUAGGGUGGAGAAAGAAUGUGUGGAGAUUGAUAUCAAGUACGAGGGCUUUAUUGUGCGCCAGCAGAACCAACUCCAACAGAUGGUUCACCAGCAACAUAGACCACUCCCAAAAGAUUUGGAUUACUAUGCGAUGACAAAUUUGUCCCUUGAAGCACGUGAGAAGCUGUCCAAGGUCAGGCCUCAAACAGUUGGUCAGGCCAGCAGAGUUGGUGGAGUUAGCCCUGCUGACAUAACUGCCCUCCUUAUCGUUUUGGAAACCAACAGAAGGAAAGCCCAGGAGCUAAAGAGGCACCAAAUGCUGACUUCUAUCAUGGAAGAUACCAACCAACCCAUGUCUGAAUUAGCACCUCUUACAGAGACAUUCAGCUCCUAAAUGUUAUACUGGGUCACUGGUUUUAUCCCGUUUAUCAGAUAAGCCUCUUUCCUGUCACAAAUGUUUCAAAGAAGAUUUUAGAGAAGAGGGGAUAAUCGUCUGAGAGCUUUUACUGUCUUGAGACCAUUUCAGAAGCUCUAGUGUUAAUCCCAUCAAGAUUUAAGGCACUUGACCAUAAUACUGUCUGAAAUUUCUUGCCUUUCUUUCACCUGCCGCAGAACCUAGAAAAGAUUGAUCCUGAUAAUCCUUUUACAAGAAGGAAAACAAAGGUUGGGAAGCAGAAUAUAUUGCAAGGUCAAAUGCUUGUACUAGUCAUCUAACCAGGCCAAUUUUUCACUGUUGUUCUUUGUAAAUAUUUCAAUAAUAGUGAUUUUUUGGGGAUUCUUUGCAGUCUUUGUUUUUUGUUUCGUUUUGUUCAUUGAACUCUACAAAAAGUAUUCUUGCGUUUCAUUUGUUUUUCUUAAUGAAAGAAAUGGAACAACCACCCUUUAAGAGUGGAGUGCAAGUGUAAAUUUUAAGACAAUUUGGAGUGAA